GUCAGGGGGACGGACGGCGGACCGAAUAUUUUUGAGCAAAAAAUUAUCUAAAUAAAAUUCGAAAGGCGCCAUAGUGACUGGGUUCAAGGUAAGCGGAGGGCGUCAGAGCAGCUUUGGAAGGUGUUAGAGUGAAAUAAUAGAGAAAUAAACCAACAACAGUGGUGAUAUUCGCGUUGGAAAAAGAGGGCGGCGGGCGAGCCUCGCGUAACUCUUUCGACCCAAAAACGAAAAGGGAAAUGAAAGCAGGCGGCGAUUAAUCGAAUUGAGGAGACUUGGGUCGCGUCGGCCGCUGCUGUGGACCAGUGCUCGUCGAUAUUUAUGUCUCCUAAGAUGAGCAGCAGAGAGGGAAAGGCUGGUAGACGGAGUGACUCUGUAUGGUCACAUUUUAGCAAAAGUUGGACAGAUGAAAAACAUUAUGUUGUGAUAUGUAUCCAUUGCAAGCAACGUGUGAGUGCAAAGGUGGAUAGGCUACGAAGACACUUAAGAAAAUGUAUAUGUAGCCAUGGCUUUAAAUCAGAUUUUGAGGGGACAGAAGGUUCUCCAGUGCCCAGCACCAGCUGUAGUGAUGCUCAGACGUUUGCCACUGACAGCCCUUCACAAUCAACAAAUGUAGAUCCUUCAUCCUCACAUCUGUCUCCAAUGUGGAAAAUGGAAAAUGUUCUUAUUGAUAGUAAG